AUGGAUCUCGACAGCUUUUUGAUACCAAAAGAUGUUAUGGUGAAUGAACCGAUUCUGUGCUCCACAGUUGUUUCUGAUCCCAUUAUGAACAAUACAGUUGAUGUUCGUCAAUCUGUUUUGCCGCGAAAGUUGAAGGCCCAUAAGAAAUGUGACUCAGUUAUCAUUCAGUCACAUGAGUCUGUAAUUGCUCAUCGUACCCGUUCAAAGAUUGGAAACAAAAAAGAAGCUGUUGUUGAUAAGCUCACGGCCGUUGAACCCGUACCUGUUUGCCGUAAACGUUCUAAUUUGAAAACGAGAAAAACAGAUUCAUUCAUUGAAUUCACGAAGGUAGCAGAAGAUCGAUUGCGUUUACCGUGUCCUGUUUCGGAUGAUUUGUGUCUUUCUGUUGACAACCUGCCUGAAGUUUCGGUAAAAAACCUUAGAUGUGAGGUAACAAACAUCAAGACGUUAGCGGAAAGGAAUGGUGAUGUUUACAGGUAUGGUUUGUCCAAGUGGACGAGAUUCUUGAAAUCAAAUCAAAUACCCAUUGGCGCUACUCUUUUCUUUAAAUAUGUGAAGUCUUCUCAGCUUUUGAUGUUGACCAAAGUUGUUCACAAACCUUCAAAGAAAAGAGGCCGUGCGUGACUGUUUGCAAGUGUGGUCGUUAGUUUGGACUUUAGAUGUUUUGGCAACAUGUUGGUUAUUACUUAAUAGUAGCUUUGUAAUGUUGUGGAA